CUCUCGGUCAACCAGGCGGAGGUGGAGAUGGAGUACCACCAGCAGCAGCAGCCGCCGGCGCCGGCGGACGACGACGUGGUGAUCCAGAUGAACGCCGCCGCCAUCGCCGCCGUCGACGAGAGGAGCUCCACCAACGAGGAGGCGGAUCAGGCGGGCGCCGGCAAGGGCGGCCUCGGCCGCCGCGCCUUCAGCCAGCACUACAUGACGAAGCACCGCGCCCCGCCGGAGUUCACGAGGUGGCAGCUUUUGCUGCUGAGCUACCAGUCGCUGGGCGUGGUGUACGGCGACCUGGGGACGUCGCCGCUGUACGUGUUCUCGUCCGUCCAGCUGCCCAGCCCCGGCGAGGCCGACUUCGUCGGCAUCCUCAGCAUCAUCCUCUGGACCUUCACCAUGAUCUGCCUCCUCAAGUACGUCCUCAUCGUGCUCAAAGCAGACGACCACGGAGAAGGUGGCACCUUUGCCCUGUACUCGCUGCUACGCCAGCAUGUGAAUUUCAAGGGAAACAUGCCGGUGCCAGUCACACGGUUGGAAUCCGACGUCAAUCUCAAGUUCCACAGUAAGAAGAGGGCCAUGGCGUCUAAGUUUCUCAAGUUACUGGAGGACAGCACAAAAUGGCAGGCAGUCAUUACGUACAUGGUGCUGGCUGGAACUUGCAUGGUGUUAGGAGAUGGUGCCCUCACUCCAGCCAUAUCAGUUCUGUCAGCUGUUCAAGGAAUCCAGUCAAGAUCUUCAAACAUAACGCAAGCUCACGUUGUGAUACUAUCUGUGAUUAUCUUGUUCGUACUUUUCCUCUUCCAAAGAUUAGGCACAAGCAAAGUCAGCUUCACCUUUUCUCCCAUUAUGCUCUUGUGGUUUGCAUUUGUUGCAUUCAUUGGAUUGUACAAUAUUAUCAAGUACUAUCCACCAAUAGUAAAAGCCGUGUCACCACAUUACAUAAUCAUAUACUUCCUGAGGAACAAAAGAACAGCCUGGGAGACACUUGGAGCAAUUGUUCUAUGCAUAACAGGUGCUGAAGCUAUGUUUGCUGAUCUGGGUCAUUUCAACAAGCCAUCAAUCCAGAUGGCAUUUUCAGUCAUAGUUUAUCCAUCAAUGAUCCUUGCCUAUGCUGGCCAGGCAGCAUUUUUGGUCAAGAACCCUUCAAAGCUCAGUACAACGUUCUACAGUAGCACUCCAGAGCCACUAUUUUGGCCCAUGUUUGUCGUAGCAACUUUGGCUGCUAUUGUUGCGAGCCAGGCAUUGAUAUCAGCCAGUUUCUCCAUCAUUCGACAAUCAAUUGCUCUAGGUUGUUUUCCAAGAGUUACCAUGAAGCAUACCUCAGACAAACAUGAAGGCCAAGUAUACUCUCCAGAGAUCAAUUACUUUUUGAUGGUUGCGUGCAUCUUAAUUACUGUUGGGUUUAAGGGUGGACCAGAGAUAGGGCAAGCUUUUGGUGUGGCCGUGAUAUUUGUUAUGCUUUUUACAACAAACCUGAUGACAGUGGUCAUGGUUAUAAUAUGGCAGAGUAACAUUGUACUCGUUAGUCUAUUUUUUGUUUUCUUCUUUUCCAUGGAAGGCCUUUACAUGACCUCACUUUUGAACAAGAUUCUACAAGGUGGCUGGGUUCCAUUUGCCAUUACUGCAUUUUUCCUUAUAAUUACACUAUCUUGGACUUAUGGAAGAAGUAAGAAGAGUGACUAUGAACUUGCCAAUGUGAUGCAAAGGGAGGAAUUCAUUGAUACAGUAAAGGCAAGCAACCGAGUACCUGGAACAUGCAUCUUCUGCACAGACAUGAUGAAUGGCAUCCCGCCAAUUGUGCGCCAUUAUGCUCAGCAUGUGGCUUCCCUUCGUGAGUUGAUGGUGUUUGUCACUGUCAGGAUUCUUCCAGUGAGAACUGUCCUUCCUGAAGAACGCUUCCUCCUAGACAAGCUAGAACCAGUCGGUGUCUACAGAUGCAUAGUCCAGUAUGGCUAUAUGGACAACCACAACAUGGGGGGUGAUGAGUAUGUUGCAUCAGUUAUUGCAUCCCUCAAGGAAAUAGCUGAGAAUGAAGAUGAUAUUUUGGUGUUGGAUUCAGCUUUGAUGAAUGGAUCAACCUUUGUUCUUGGCAGGACUAUCAUAAAGAUGGGUACUAGACACAACUGUGUCAAGCGCUUUAUUAUUAAUAACCUUUACAGGUUUCUGCAGAAGAACUUCAGGUCGAACAUGUCCAGUCUAAAGAUAAAUCCUGGAAAAACAUUGCAAGUUGGAAUACAAUACGAUAUAUGAAAAAGGCAACAUGAAGGUUGGAAUGCUAAGUGAGAUUUGUCGGAAGCAUAUUUGUAUCUUUUACAGUUUGUAGCAUCAGUAAACCUGCUAUUUAGAAUCGUUAUGUGGAUUUAGCUUUCAAUAUUUAUUUUGGAGAUGUUUUAGAAUCUCUCCUCCAUGAUACUUCAUAAUUAUUCAAAGCAUCAUAUGUUUUUUUUUAUUUGAGCAAAAUUAUGCAUGCACAAAUGUGACGGGUUAGAGCAUCUCCUAGAGUGCUAAUACUCAACUCCCCAAAACCCUGUAUUGGGUCCAUCCAAAAAAAAAAUAUUAUGCCUAAAAAUUAUCCUCGCCUCUAAAAGAAGUCCAAACUGAAUUACCCUGUAUUGGAAAUGCAUGUCUGCCUCAAAUCUAGGAUAUGAGAGAGUUGAUAUGAGACAUGAGCCUGUUAAAGAUAUGUUUGCUGAUCUAAUUUCCAAAAUUCAGUUUUAUGGGUCAAUUUUAGACACCUCUUGAGGAUGC